GUAGCAUCAAAGCUUGGGGCUCCAAGGGUGCCGGCGCGGGGUGUGAGUUGUUGGAGCAGCCGGCGCCCAAAGCGCAGCCAGGCAGUUGUGUGGUCCGCGUUGCCGCCGUCGGCCUGAAUCCGACAGAUUGGAAGCAUGUGGGGAGCGGAACGCACUACUACACCAUGACGAAGGCCACCUCUGAGAACCCGGUGAUCCUCGGGUCGGAGGGCAGCGGUACCGUUGAACAGGUCCCCGAGGGCAGCUCCUUCCAGGUUGGGCAGAAGGCCUGGCGAUCUGCGAGAUUUGGAGCAUGUUUAACACGCCCCAAAAAGUUUCCUCCCGAGAUCCGGACAGGUCUGGUUCAUGGCCUUCAAGAGUUGCGCAGAGCUGGCCGAGGUGAAGGAAGGCUUCAUGGCACCAGCGCCCGAGCAGAUGUCCAUGGAGGAGUCCGGCAGUACACCUCUGGCACUUCUGACGGCCUAUCAAAGCAU